AAGUUCUUAAAUAUGAUAAAAUGAAUUGAAUUAAUAUUAGUUAUUAUAUAAAAGGAAUUGAUUUAUAAAAUGCAAAAAAGAAAUUCGGCGUUUUCAUAUUUUUCAUAUAAAUGCUUUUAACAAAUACGUUAAACAAAGACAAAAAAUACAAAGUGCAUAAAUAAGUAUAAAUUGUCAAAACAAUGUGUGCAGAAGAGAGAAAUAUAGUGCGAAGAGACGAAUUUUUCUCAAAUAAAAUUUUACUUUAAAAACAUAAAACUUUAAGAUAUAACUAAAACAAAAGUAAUCUGUAAAAGUGAAAAGGAUCGUUUUUUUCCUUUUGUUAUUUAUUAACUAACAAUUUAAUAAGUGAAAUCAUACUAGAUAAUAAAUUGGAUGUCGACGAUUCAGGCAGCGGCACCAUGCAAAGUACCCUGGACUCAUCAUGUCAAGAAGCUGAUUUCAUAAUAAAUAACACACUAUUAAAGUUACAAGGAUCAGCCGCAGCUGCAGCCGCAGCGGCAUCUUCUAAUACAUCAAAUGUAUUAUAUCAUCAAACGGCGUCAACAAGUGCCGGUGGUAUUGAUGGUGAUAUUGGUCUUGCAACAUCUUAUCAAAUUCAGACACAACCGCAAUCAACAUUACUACAAAGUUCCACUGGGCCGUUUCAUACCCCAUUUUCAUCAUCAACAUCAAGUUUAUUACAUAAUAUAACACAAAUACCAAGUCAACCACCAGCUUAUAUAUUUGAUGGCGUUGAUUCUCCUCCAGAUUAUAAUUUAACAACACUUACAGAUGAAGAAUUGCAAGCUGCGGCAGCUGCAGCUGUUGCUGCUGCUGCCGCGGAUCAGCAACAACAGAACCAUAUUACAUCCGAUUUGCCGUCUCCAACAUUACUUUCUAAUAUCAAUUCAAUAAUAUCACCAUCUCCUAUAGUACCCGACACGUUAUUAAGUACUCCAGUUGAAACAUCACCACCACCACCAUCUUUACCGCCAUUAUCUCUUCCACCUCCAUUAUCAAUAUCACCAGUAAUAAAUAUACCAGCAUCAAAUUCCUCAAAAUCGCAGCCACAACUUCAGAUGCACCUGCAUUCGCAACAGAAACCAGGGAAACGAUCAGUUAUUUUAAAUGAUGUUGUAAACAUUGGGGGAGGUAAUAAUAGUAACAGCGGAGUAGCAACAUCAUCACCGAAAAAGCCUAGAUAUAAUACCAGUAAUUUAACUUAUGGGACGCAUUCUACUACAUCCCCACCUUUAUUGCAACCAUUAUCUUCAACUUCAUCAUCAUCUUUUCCAGCAAACACAAUGUCUGUCAUUCAACAGCAACAUCCCACACUGAUUUCAUCAAUAAAUAACAGCGCUGGUAGCUUAAAUAGUAAUUUAAAUCAACAAAGUCAGCAACUGCAUCAACAGUUACAACAAAAACCGUUGUCAAGUGGUGCUUCUACUUCAACGAAUAUGAUUAAUAACAGCAUAUUAGGAGGAAUUAAUAGUGGAUUCAAUCAAAACACGUCGCCAACACCCUCAAAAUUUUUCGAUAUAUUUGAAAAAAUUAGAGAAUUAUACUUGUAUUUACUCAUACACGACGAAAAAUCCCUCAAAGAACAUCGGCGUCGUCAUCGGACCCGCUCCUUUGUUUUAGAGCGCUUAGUGGAACGCGAAAAGUUAAACACAGUUGUAUUAAAUUUGCAUCCGGGCAAUAAAGGAUACUCAUUAGCAUUUUAUCAAAAUGACAAAAACGUAAAUUCAGUAAAUAAUGAAAAAACAGGAGGUUUAAACAACAAUAAUUAUCAUAGUAAUCAAAAUUACUCUAUAGAUAAUUUACCAAAUGAUCGUUUAAGUGGUCAAAAUAAUAACAAUUUUAAUAAUUUAAGUAAUGAUAAUAAUAUUAAUAAUUUAAAUAACAAUACUAGUAAUAUUAGUAACAAUAUAUACCGAACAACAACUCAACCAUUUAGCAAUUAUAGAAUUAAUAAUAUAAGAAACAUUGGUGGUAUUACCAGCAACAGUUGGAGUAGAAGUAGUUUUUUUAAUAAGGUUGGAACAACCUCUAGUCGAAACAAAAUUCAAAAAGGAAAUAAAAAAAGUAGUAGUCAAAAACAACAACCAACGGCACAACCACAACAAUCAUCAUUAUUUCAUCAACAACAACAACAUCAGCAACAGCAACAACAAAUAGAAUCAAAUAAUCCGAAGCUAAAUACAUCAAACGCUCCAACUUUAUAUGACUUUGAUGAAAAUGAUUUUUUAGACACUAGUAGUAAUAAUGCUCAACAAACGGAUUUAUCUUUAGAUCAUGAUCCAUUUAGUUUUAUAGACGAGACAAUUCCUGAUAAUCUAUUUUUGGAUUUUGAUGAUCCUAUUGAUUUAUUUAGUUGCAAUAACAUAGAAAAUAAUAUUUCUUUAAAUACAACAACGACUACUGCAGCUACUCAUGGGAUAGGUACUAAUAAUAUAAGUAUCAAUAUAAACUCCAACUCAAUUAAUGCAACGGAAAAAGAUAAUUUAGAUGAUAAAAAUUUAAUCGAAGUGAUGCGCUGGCCAUACGAAGUAGAUGAUGUACUGCAAUCAAUUGAUAAUGAAGCUUUACCACAAAUUUUCAUAGAUUUACUAGAAAAUCGGACACCCAAUGUCUUUUACUCCGGUUGUAUCAUAUGUCAGGUACGCGAUUUUCGACAAACUUUUCCAAUUUCACCAAAUAGCUGUGAUAUAUAUCAUGUGUUGUUGAGACCCACCAAUGAUACAUUAUAUGCUGAUAUACAACAAUUACAAUCAGAUAAUGAUUUAACUGCUGAGGAAAAAUUGCAAAUAGAGUCACAAUUAAUAUUAGCAACAGCAGAGCCAUUAUGUUUGGAUCCAGAUCCGCGUAUUGGACGUUUCGCUAUUAAUCAACAAUUUAAAAAGCAAAUGUUUAAUACACAAAAAAUGCGAAGGCAGAUGAAAAAAUAUUCUCAAAUAUCGAUAAAUCGUAAAAGAAAAACUGAUCAAUUUACUCAUAAUUAUGGUUUGGAAUUGUGCGAUUAUUUACAAAGAAUACGCCAAAGGCCUAGAGUUGGCAGUUCUGCUACUUCCGGCUUAGGAAAUAGCCUAUUAAGCAGCCAUAUGAAUUCGUCAACGUCAGCUGUAACGACGGGGUGUAACACUAGCACGAACAGCGCCACUAAUACAACAACUAACUUAGCUCAAUCAAUAGCUGCCACAACACAAAGUAUUUUGUCUUCGUUUUCAUCAAAACUGCCAAAAAAACCAGUGGAAGUUAUGAAAUCUAUGCGAGUACCAAAUUUGGAUUAUCCACCGUUAACGAUACCUGAUGAUGUUCAAGUUCAAAAGUAUGCUAAAGCAUAUGAAAGAUCUAGAGAGACUAAAGACUGCAUGCCGCAAAUCGUUGAGGAAUAUAUAUUAGAGACAGAUCGUGAAGGUGGUAGAGUCUAUCAUAUAAAACUUUCUAUUUAUCAAAGACCAGCGAAUUCAGAGUAUUUAGGAGAAUUGUACGUUGAUCGUGACUAUCGCAAAGGAGAGCGAAAUGGCGAGUCAUGCCAUUUUACGCUUGGUACACGAGCUCAUGCGAAUCGCUAUAUCCAACAAUUUACAGAAAUAUUUACAGAGGAAGGACGUAAAUCGGUCAAAAUUACUCAUUUAUUUCCUGGUCAGAAUCCAAAGGUUACAUUAACGUCCGGAAUGACGGAACACAUAAAGCAACAACAACAGCAGCAACAACAGCAGCAACAACACCUUGCUCAACAGCAGCUUACGCAGCAAGCAUUAGUUGCUUUAGCUCAACAACAACAACAACAACAAUUACAGCAUCAAGCUAUUAUAACUACUGUGCAUAAUCAACAACAACAAACACAACAACAACAUCAACAGCAUAUACAAAUUCAAUCGACACCUCAACUAAUUACUUCAGCAACUGGCAAUCAACAACUAAAUUUAAAUAUUCAAGGUGGUAAUAUUGUUGGAAUAACGACCUCAGGAGGAAAUGUUCAACAUAUAAGACAACAACCAACAACGCAGCAAUUUAUAGAUGCUACAGGAGCAACUGUACAAGUACAGACACAAACACGCGGACACCAUCAAUUAAGCUUGAGUAAUGGUUCCUUAGUAUUAGUACAGCAGCAGCCUGGACAAAAUUCUUCUGGCGUAACUACUGGUUUAACAAUACAAACUGCCAGUGGGCAACAAAAAAUUAUUAAUGCAAGUCAACUGGCUGCUGCCACAGGUGCUAGCGCAAAUGCUUUACGUGCACAAUUAAGUUCAAGUGUGCCAAUACUGCAAGCGCAAUUAAAAGCGGCACCUAUUAUAACCACAACAAACCAGCAACAACAAAUAAUUCAACAAAAAAAUCAAUCAACCGGCGUUACAACAACCAUGCAUUCGACAAAUCCUACCAUUAAUGCGCUUGUAACUGGUUUUAUGAAUACUGCAAAUCAACUCCAACAACAACAACAACAAUCGCAGCAAUCUAAUGUUCAUUCCAAACCAAGUUCAUCUGGCAAUGCCGCCAUAUUAAGUCUUCUUAAUAGCGCACCAGCAGCAAUGACAAGUACUCCAGUGGCCAGUAGCACUUUUACGACAAUAUCUGCUGGUCAGUCCCAAGCCACGUUAGUGCCACAACAACAACAACAAUCGCAGUCUCAUCCAGCAAUUAUUUCAACAGAAGCAAUAUUACAACAACACCAACAACAGCAAAAUGCUGUAGCGCAACAACGUAAACAAAAUGAAGUCAUUCAAAAUUUGCUCAAUUCGAAUCUUCGAAAAAUUAAUAUGGUUACAACAGGGAGCGGACAAACAACUACAAGUCGAAUAAUUAAUCAAGGAGGUAAUUUGAUAGCAGUGAAUGUCGGUCCAAUAAAUCAACAACAACAUCCGCAACAACAACAGUCACAGCAGGAUAAUAAUAAUGCUACACAACAACAAACACAAACUUCACAACAAACACAGCAAAUCAUUGUACAGCAACAACAACCUCAAAGUGUACGAGUAACCAUGUCCGCCUUAGCUACGCAAUUAGCUUCACCGCCUGCUGUAAUGACAAAUGCUAAUGCUACAUUUUAUACAGCUGCUGCUGCAACUAACACAAAUCUAGCCAAUAAUAGCAAUAGCAUAGCACUUAGUAAUAAUAACAUAAAAAUUUUAAAUAACACCAUUUCACAGCCAUCGAACAAUAAUUCAGUUCAAUCGCAAAUGACACCAGCUGUACCACCUCCACCACCUCCAGUGGCGUCUCAACAGCAGCAGAGAAUAAUUUCUACAACACGCUUAAGUAGGGAUAGUUCUACAAUCAACGUCGCGGCUCCUUCUCCAGGAAGUGAUUCAAAUCAAUCAAAUCAAUCAGCCACUUCGAAUCUUGGUUUCGCGAUGCCGGGUUUAAGUGCUUUGCUAGCCGCUCCUGCUACACCUAGUCCUUCUGCUAAUGUUAUUAAUGAACAUUCAACGCAAGUACAACCGCAACAAGCGGCUGGACAACAAGGAACUUUAGUUGGUAUUACGCAAACUGGUCAAACAAUAACGAAUCAGACAUUAUUAGAAAGACUGAAUAGUGGUACAAAUAUGGUUGGUGCAAACAGUCCAGUGGCAACAACAACUCAACCUGGAUUGUCUCCUCAGCAAUCACAACAACAGCAGCAACAAACACAAAAAUCUAUUUUGCAACAACAAAUUGUUAAUGUCCAAUCUCCAGUUCCUUCAAUAUCUCCUAUGUCUAGUCCGCCUCCACAACAAGCCCAACCUUCGCCGCAACAACAGCACCAACAACAUCAAACUCAACAACAAAUACAAAUAACACCAGCAACUUUACAACACAAUUCUGGGCAGCAGACUACAACAUUAAAUUUAGUAGGAACUAAUUUAAGUUCACUAAGCGGUGCUAUAGCAACCUUUCCUAGUUUACAAAAUGUUCAAGUUCAAAUACCUGGUUUAGCUCAACCAAUUCACUUAUCGGUGUCAGGUGCAAGUUUGUCCGCAGCUUUGCAACAGCAACAUAAUGCAAUAAUAGCUGCUGCGCAGCAUCAACAGCAUCAACAAAACAAUCAACAACAACAGCAAACACAACAAACUACAAGCCUUCUAGUAUCAGUUCCUGUAACAAGUACAACACAAACAAUUCAAACAGUUCCUGGUAAUGGUGGUAAUAAUGGCACGCCAACCUUAAUUAGCAAUAAUAACAAUGGAAUUGGUAAUAAUGGUGGUAAUACGAAUAUUGUGACUGUACCUGCUAGUGUUGCCGCGACACAGACGGUUGUGUUAACAAAUGCUUCAGGACAAAAUUUAGUUCCUGGCACACAUUCACUAUCAUUACCAUUAGCUCAACUAGUUGCUUCAGGAGUAAAAAUGCAUCCACAAACUAUAAGAGCUGUUCAACAGCCACAGCAACAGCAGCAACAACAAUCUCAACAAGCACAGCAAAAUACCAGUGUGACCAAUGUUGUAAAUACUAGCAAUAUAAUUCAAGCAACGGGAUUAAAUACAUCUAGUAUAGUUGGUGGCAUUAAUAACGUUAGCUUAGCUCAACAGAAUGCGGUUAAUACAAAUUUAAUAACCAGUAACAAUGUAACAGCGCAAACGAAUCCAACUGGUAACAUACAACUACUUGGAACUCUACAGCAAAGACCUCGUAGCAUACAAGUUGUUGGUGCUAAACAAUUAAGUAAUCGUAGCGCAAAUGUUACAAUCGCUGGAAAUACCGGUACUAAUCAAAUUGUAAAUACACAACGAAGUAUAGGUGGCCAAACCUUAAAAAUAGCAACACCAAUAAGUGGUAAAAUAUCAUCAUCACAAUUAACUACAGCCAAUUUAACUGCCAAUCCAUUGGUAAUGACUACACAAAAAUUACAAUUAAAAUUCCAAAAACAAGGAUUAACUCAGCAGCAGCAACAAACAAUAUUGCAAACAAAUCAGCAGCAACAACAACAGCAAAUAAUUUCUAAUUCAAAUGGUGGUAACUUAGGAAAUUCAUCAAAUUCUUCGAACAUAAAUGUUGUAGGGCAACCACAGCAACAACCCCAACAACAGCAACCAACUCAACAACAGCGUAUUAUAACCGCAGCCGCUGCUGUUGCUAUGACCAAUCAAGCAAAUCAGAAACGACGAAGAUCGGCGACUGAUGUAAAUAAAUAAAAUUGAGAAUAUACAGUGAAAUAAAAAAUCGUUGAAUACAUUAAAAAUAUUUAAACAUUUCUAGACAUUAAGAUUGGGAAAAAAACUCAAGAUUUAUUUAUCUUUUUUUUUCUACUUUUUUUUUAAAGAAGAGUUCGGAAUAUUUUUUAACUAUAAAAUAAAUACCAUAUAUUUAGAUCUUUUAUAUUUAAAAUACAUACUUCAUUAAAAAUAUAAACAUAAUAUAAUAUUAUUAUAUUAUAAUCCAUAUUAAAAUCACAAAAAUAUAGAACCUUUUUUUCUUGGAAUAAUUUGAAAAAUUAUAAAGAUUUUAAAAUGUUUUGGUGGUACCACAAUAGGAGUAAGUUAGUUUUCGGUUAUAUAAUUAUUUCAGAUAAGAUCUAUAAAAUUUAAAUAGUAAAAAUGAAUAAAAUCAGCUUACAGUUGGUUUGCUCUAACCGCCAUAGGUAAUAAUAAAGGCACAACAUUGAUAGUCAAAAGAACUUUCAAUUAUUUUAGAAAAUCAAGUACAUAUUAUUUUUCGGAUAAAACUUUAUAUUUUAUACGAAAAAAAAUCAAGUGUUUGUUUCAUAGAAUUUCAUUCAAAAUAUUCAAAUUAAAAUAGUGCCUUUUGAGUGUAGAACUGAUUAGCAUUUCUUAUGCUUAGAAUACAUAAUCGGCUAAAUUUGAACUGGCUAAGAUUCGCUAAGUAAAAUAACUUUACAGUUUAAAUAAUGUUAAAGAUUUUACAGAAUCCUUUACACCUUAAUAACAAAAUAGACUCAUGAAGUCGUAGAAAUAAUUUCUAUAAUAAUUAUGAGAAUAUAAGAAAAAUAGGUCUCUAUUUUUAUAUAAAGAAGGAAUAUAUCUUAUAAACUUCAUAUAAUUCGUAUUAGCAGUGGAUGUUGGAGAAAGUGCAUAGUAUUACUUUUGGGUGGCUAAAUUCCUUUUUCUCACUGUUAUUCAAAUUAUUUGCUAAAAUAAAAUACUUAAUUUAUUUAUAAAUAUUAUUUAACCCAAAUUAUCCAAAUGUGUAAUUUCAUAUUAUUUCUUGUUUCAAAUUGAAGUAAUGAAGAAUUCUAUGAAACAUUCAGUCAAUCUUUUAUUAUUUUUUUGCCUAUAUUAUACGCAAUAACAAUUCAUAAAUAUAAAAUAUUGGUAAUUUUUCGCCAAAAUGCUGUACAUAAUUAUUAAUUAAUAUUAUUAUUCUUAUGAUUAUUUUCUGUUUAAGUAAAUAAAGUUUAAUUAUUAAAACAACAAAUAAUAUUGUAAUUAUAUUGUGCAUGAUAUGUAAUUAUUAUAAUUAUUAUUAA